GAUAGGUAUAUAUGUCUGUCUCUCUCGGAUCUGAAACAUGAUUCUUGACUAAUUCACACGGUCAUUAGUAACCGGAAUUCGUAACGUUUGUCACGUAUCACGUUCUUUUAAGAACUCCUAUAUUUAGUAGUUUAAAUUUUUCUUUCGUUGAACCGCAAUGAGUUGCCAAUAUAAGCUGGUUGUUUUUGCAACAUUUUUUUUUAUUAUUGUUUAUUCGCAAGUAAAUUUUGCCAACGCGAAAAAACGAUAUUCACCAUGGAACUCGGAAGAUGAUGAGCAACUUUGGCGAAAAUAUGAAGAGUGCAGAGAUUUUCAAGAGUGGAAGAAAUUUAGCAAGCUGAAUAAUCACUACAAAAAAAAUAAUAAUUUUGGUUUUGUUGAUGAUGAUUCAAAAAGAGAAAGUGCUGAAUUUGAUGCAUACUCAGCUAAAGACAUAAGUGAUUUACCUCCAGAGGAUCAUCCGGCUUUGGUGGGCCGGUAUGUCGUUAAUCAGUCAAAUUGGACCUCCGUGGCUACUAUCAGCAGACAACAGGGAAUAGCAUCAUUUCCGUUUGCAAAUGUCGUGGCUUUGAGCGACGGACCGCGUGGUAACGGGUCUGGAGUUCCUUACAUGUUCCUCACUCCCUUGGACUUUACAUCAAAAGACCUGAAAGAAGACGCACGUGCGACGCUCAUGGUGACCUUGGCUCAAGGUUCUUAUUGUAUUCACAAAGAAAUGGAACCAAUAGAUCCGCGAUGCGCGCGUACUAUUUUAAGCGGAAAAGUUCAAGCGAUUGAUCAUAAAUCACCGGAGUAUGUUGUUGCGCAGGAUGCAAUUUACGGACGUCAUCCUAGCUUGAAGUACAUGCCAAGAGAUCACGAGUUUUAUUUUGCUAAAUUAAAAAUAUUCUUCAUCGCAGUGCUUGACACUUUUGGAGGUGCCAAAUUUGUAUCUGUAAAAGAUUACUUCAAUCCACCUACAUCAAAGCAUAGUGAGAAUUAUGAAGAAUAUAUGAAUUAUCCAAUGCCAUAUGUCAAUGAAUUUUAAAAUAUUUUUUUCUUCAUUUUAUUUUGAAUAAUUUAUAUUUUAUCCAUCAACUCG